AUGUCAACUGCCACUGUGAUCGUUGAUGCCUACGCUAUCCUAGGAGUUGAGCGACAUGCCAAACUCCCUGACAUUAACAUUGCUUACAAGCGUCUUGCCUUGAAGCUCCAUCCAGACAAGGCUGGAAACUCUGCAACGACCAUUGAGAGAUUCAGAAAAAUUCAAGAUGCUGUCGAGAUUCUCCGUGACGAAGACCGUCGACGCUUACUUGAUGAGGCCCUGCAAAAGAAGGCCAAGAGACAUCUAGCCCCCGAGGAUGAAACACCAACAUGGGCUUACAAGGGCAACUACAAUCGUCCGCCAAAGCGAGAACGCCAUGGAUACGAGUCCAACUGGCCAAGCCAAUGUAGCGAGCCAGCAUCGAAACACAAGCCAAGGGAUCGACGUCAGCACAGCCAUACCUACUACUACAGUUACGGAACAAGUGUGCACAUGGACCCAGAGUCAGCCGAAUCCAAGGCGAGACGGGCACAAUUUGAAGCAGAGAAUGUCCAGUGGGAGAACGAAUGGGCUGGCAUUGAUCCCGAAGUGCAGAAGGCACGGGCAGAGCUCCGCAGGGAAAACAUGCGGGCUCGAAUGAAACGUGAUCUAGCAGAUAUGGCGAAGGAUCACGAUGGAGAUACCAAAUUUGCCGAUACCGUUGAUAAUGUUAUCGAAGGAGCUUUAGACGAUCUCGAAUUUGGCUACGAGCAUAAUUUGGUGCAUCUCCUGCCUGAGAAGAACAUCAAGACCUGCAAUCCUGCCGACACAUUUGACACGUUUGCCUACGAAUACUCCAGAAAGCUCCGUUCCUAUGACGAGUAUCCAAUUCACUCUGAUUGUGCUUCUGUUGCUAACAAUGAUUCGCCCUUUGGCCUCUCAACAAGUAGCAACUCCAGCAACUUCACCGAUUCGCCCUUUGGCUUCUCAACAAUUAGCAACUCCACCAGCUUCACUGACUCACCCAACAAGCACUCGAAUUUCAAGGCCACCGUUGAGGAUUUCGAAUCUCCCACCGACGAUCCCGAAUCUGCCACUGACGAUUCCAAUUUUGAUGUUGACAAACUGAUCAACUCCUACAUGGUGGGCCAUGAUUCGUUGCUCCCUCUAAUCUCAUUCCUCGAGCAAAAGCUCGCGGACCCCCAUGGACGCUACACCCCCAACGAUCUUGCUGGUGAACUUAAUGGCCUUAUGCUGGAGAUCUAUUGUGGAUGGUUGGAAGAAGUUCGUCUUUCAGUCCCGAACGCCUCGCCUAUUACAAUUGGGAACGAUCCCAGCUUUUGCUCCCACCUUGGGUUAUGGUACAAGGACUUCUGCCGUCCCAUGUGCAGUGAUUGCAACUUGUGGAUGCCUUCAUUCACCCUCACCUGCCCUGGCUGUGGCAUCAAGGCCUGUGUCAGAUGCAAGUUCACGAGCUACGGCUUUCUAUUGGAGUCUGUUACGCAGGAGCAGUGA